CACAAGUAGGCAGGCCCAGUGACAUGUCAAAGUAGCUCGAGGAUAUAGCAUUGACUUUUAAUGAUUUUUCGUUCUACCACAAAACCAAACGAACAAAUUAGACUUCGUAAAAUUAAAAACUUGAAUUUAACGAAACUAAACGCACAAUAAACCGAGAAUGUGGCCAAUGACUGGAGCUUUGUGGCUGCUGCUGAUUGCCGCAUUUGCCGCCAAUAAAGCCGCCGCUGAUGGAAAGCAACCAGACCUGAACACGCCGGAGGAGAUGAGGCGUCGCUUGGGCCUGCUGGUCGAUCGCAUGGACGAGGACAGCAAUGGACUGGUGUCGCUGACAGAGCUGAAGGAGUGGCUCAGCCAGACAUCCCGACGCUACAUCGAGAACGAUGUGUCGCGCCUGUGGAAGCGUCUGAGUCCGGAGAAAAAUGCCACCAUCACCUGGGACGUCUACCAAGAUUCCAUUUACGGCUUUGGCACUGGAAAUGAUUUGACUAACUACAAGAGCCUCAUAAAUCGCGAUCGUCGCCGUUGGAAGGUGGCCGAUAAGAAUCGCGACGAUUGCCUUAACCGCGAGGAAUUUUCGGCUUUUCUGCACUCCGAGGACCAUCCCGCCAUGCGCGAUGUUGUGCUCAAGGAGAUGUUCGAUGACCUGGACGUGGACCGCGAUGGCAAAAUCUCGUUGGUGGAGUACGUCUUUGACAUGUACCAGCCGGCAACGCCCGAUGAGCAGCCACCCGAGUGGGUGGGCAACGAGCGCGAUGUGUUCGUCAAGUUUCUCGAUCUCAAUGGCGAUGGGCAUUUGAAUGAGGACGAGGUGCGUCAGUGGAUUGCGCCCCAUGGCCUGGGCCAGUCGGAUAGCGAGGCGCAGCAUCUGCUGACGGUGGCCGAUGCCGAUGGCGACAUGCAGCUGACCAAAUCGGAAGUGCUGGCGAAUUAUGAUACAUUUUAUGGCUCACCGGCCACCGAGUAUGGCGAUGCUUUGAUCGUACGCCAUGACCAUGAUGAGUUGUAGGCCAACCACAGACCAUCCACACCACCCAACCACCCACAGCAACACCCCACCACUCACAGCAACACCCCACACCCC